UCAGACUGCAGGAGCAGACAGAAGGAUGGAGAGGAGAGAACCAGAUGAAGCGUACCUUCUCUCCGCCACCCCUCCAGAGUGUGAUGAUGACUUAUGGGAGGACGGAACAUUGAACACAGCCUGAAGAAUGGAGAAGAGUGCAAGCGACCACCUGGAAUCUACCUGAGACUUGAAAACAAGAGCAAAGAAACAGACUUUUUUCUCAAUCCGCAGGCUUCCAUGGGUCUGGCAAGGGUGCGGAGACCGUGAACGUAGGAUGGCGUGUUGCUAGGGAAGAGCUCCAAGAACAGUUGCAAUCUUCUGGAAGGAAAAGGGAGGAGAUAACGGUAUGACUCACAGCAGCUCGAAUGCUGUUUUGUAUGCCGGAGCAGAGCCGGGGGGAGAUAGAGGAGAAACGAGACACACACAGGAAGAUAAAUAGAGCGCACCCCAGUACAAGUGAGCAGUCGUCGAAUGAAGAAAGAAGACCGAGGGACGGUGAGUUAGAGACGGUGGGAGGAGGAGGGCGAAGGUGAAAGUUGGAGGAGAGUUGAUAGAGGGAAGGGUUGUUGAAGACUGGACACCGGAACCAAGACCGCAGCCAAAAAUGUGACAUUUGAAUACGAGAACAUGAGAACAAAGUCGCUCCAGACCAAAAUAGAAACGCGGCAAAGCAGUAAACACAACAUGGGAAGUUGAACUGUGACGACUGCUGUUAAAUAUUCAUGCCGACGGGACACUCUGGGAAAGAACUUGCGUCUCCCUCCGUCGCAAAGGGACUACAAGACGAUUGUUUCUCAGGUGGAGAUCACGUGGAGUUUUGUUCUUCUUCUUUGUUAAUACCUCGAAACAGGACCUAGUACUCGCCUGUCGGAGCUUGGACGGGUGUCAAGAGAAGGCAUUGGCUGUUGGACAAAUAUCUGAAGGUCUGACGAAUCCACAUUUGACAGUCCGUUUAGGUCAGACCAGAUCGAGUUUCAAGGUUUCUAUUCACCUAACCUGUUUGGAAUCCACUGUACUCAAGACGGAUUCCUAGAACCUUCCAGAAUUGCCCUGAAAAUCCCAUUUCUAGAUAAGGACGGCUGCCGUAGCUGGAGGGAGCCCUGUGCUGUCUGUCCGUAGAAUCAUCCUUCCGGAUCCAGAAUGUGUCGUUUUUGUUUGUCACCGAGGCUUCAGGAUACUCUCCCUCAGCCCUGACCUGAAUAUCCAAUUCCUCAAAAACAAUAAAACAGGACAGCAACACGGUCUCACAGCCCCGCAGCUGUAGAAAGACCAGCUUGGCGUUGGCGCACGUCCGUAAGGACUGUCGAGGAGCUCCAGAAGGAUGUAGACUUGUGUGUGCCUGCCAAGCUUCCCAGACAGCUGAAGUGUGUGUGGGUGGGUGUUGUGGGUGUGUGUGUGCGAUACUGCUGGACCCGAGCAGCGGUGGUGAGCGGAGGCACUGGGAGGGGGACGAGGUGAGGGAAACCAAGGGACGAGAAGACUGACAUCAUGCUCGGCUAAACAAAAUAAUGACAAUAGUUUCUGGCUGCCCCCCUGGUGCAAUGUGUGGCGUGGGGCCCCGUGGCGCUGGGGUCCUGUGAUGGUAACCAUGGUCCCCGGCAGCCGCUACGUCUGCAGCACUCACGCCAGGGAGGGCGACUCCACCAACGACCGAGAGGAGCGGAUCUUAGCCGUGUUGGGCAUCAUCGGAACCAUCCUCAACCUUCUGGUGGUCAUAUUUGUCUACAUCUACACCACCGUCACUUAGGAGCCUCCGGACCGUUUCCCUCGACGUCCCGACUGUCAAGUAUUUGUGCACCCGGAGGGCGAGUUGGCGUUGUGUUGGGUUGGCUAGUCGCCACGGCGCUGUGAGGACACUUCUACUCCGUUUUCCCGAAGACUGCCGCCCACGUCACAUCUUCUUUGCCUUCCAGCCGACAUCCAAUGAGUGCUGACAGCGUCUGCCUGCCUUCCUGACAUCGCUUUUCUACCAAGACAGGACUUGACGGGGGGUUUUAUCGUCGUUUCAGACUGUCGAUAUCGUUGUUUUUUUUUGUUUUUCGCUGCCUG